CUUAAUUAAAAUUAAGAAUUAUGAAAGGUGUAAGUUUCGAUGACAAUGGAGUCAAGAAAGGUGCAUGGAGUGAAGAAGAAGAUGAAAAGUUACGAGCCUACAUCCAAAGAUAUGGCCAUUGGAAUUGGGGUUUACUUCCAAAAUUUGCUGGUUUGUCGAGAAGCGGGAAGAGUUGCAGGUUGCGAUGGAUGAAUUAUCUUCGUCCAAACAUGAAACAUGGAAAUUUUACGAUGGAAGAAGACGACAUGAUCAUUUAUUUACAUAACGAGCUUGGUAACAAAUGGUCUGCGAUAGCUGCAAAGUUGCCAGGAAGAAGCGACAAUGAAAUAAAAAACCGAUGGAACACACAUUUGAGGAAGCGUGUGUUAGAUCAAGAAGACGAAACCAUCAAACCUAAUUAUCAGGCGAACGACAUGAAUGAAAAUUGGAAUCCAGAAUACCAACUCCAAAGUAGUGAAAUGUUUUUGGGAGGCUCAUCUGAAUCAUCAUCGUCAUAUUAUUCAUCACCCUCUGAUCAAUUACCAUCAUCGUAUUGGUCUAAUGGCUCUGAAUAUGUAGCUCAAAGUGAUAUAGUACCACCAAUGCAAAAUUAUGAUCAAGUGACUGGAGAUUUUUGGACUGAGCCAUUUUUUCCGGAUAUCACAUCAUCAAUUGAUCAUAGUAUGUUGUCACCUUUGAAUAUAGUUGAUGAUUGCAUUGCGCCAUCUCCUUGUUAUAAUACGACGAUGAAUGAAGAGCUUUCAUGGCCAAUGAUGGAUUCAUAUAUGGAAUACAACAAUAGUGAAUUCCCAAAUUGUUGGGAUACUAUCCAAUAAUGUAACGAGAUGUAUGUAUGGAUCAUCUAUAUAAUAUAUACUCGUAAUAAAACCACAUAUAUACGAAGUAUAUUCACUUGAUCCAUUUCA